AAUGGAAAGAGAGAGUCGUUCUAGAGAUGAUAGUAAAGGUAGAUAGGCUCCUUUUUAUAGAGAAUCUCUUUAUAGAAGUUCAUCUUCAGUUAGCAGCUAAUUUAAAGUCCCAUCUGGACCUAUGUUGUUCAAAGGUACAGAAAAUUCAAGUGUGCAAAAAAAUGCUCAACCUUAAUUUGAAGAAGAUGCAGAUGGGUUUAAAAAGCCACCUGCUCGUUCAGAGAAAUUGGAAGAAGAAAGGAAACGCAAUAAAUUACUUAAUGAAUAUACAGCAUUUGAAUGGGAAAAUAUAGAAUAAGAAUCAGAUAGAAAAUGGUAUGAUUAUGAUGAAGAUGAUAUUGGUAAUGCUUCUUAAUAAGAUUGGGGAGGUGAAGUAUUUAAAGGUUAAAAAGAAGAAUUUAAAUUUGAAGAAUAUAGUAAACGUAAAGGUUAAACAGUAAGAUAAUCAGAAAAAAAUUAAGAAUAAAAUAGAUGGGAACUUAAUCGUAUGAUUGCAUCAGAUGUAUUCAAAAGAAAAGCAGAUGCUUGGGAUUUUUAUGAAGAAGAAAAUGAAAAAAGAGUUGUAAUACAUGUACAUGAUAUCAAACCACCUUUUUUGGAUGGUAAAGUUGUUUAUACUACUUAAUUGACAUAAGUAUAAAUUGUCAAAGAUCCUAAUUCAGAUAUGGCUAAGUUAGCAAAGUAAGGUUCAGAAGUUUUAAUGUUAAUGAGAGAGAAAUAAGAUAAAACUAAAAUGAGAGAGAGAUUUUGGGAAUUAAGUGGAUCCAAAAUGGGAAAGGUUAUGAAUCUAGAUAGAAAAAAAGAAUAAGAUCCAGAUAGACAUUUAUUAAAUGAAGAUGGAGAUUAUGAUUUUAAAGCUUCUUCUAGAUAUUAAACAGCUCUUUAAAGAGUUACUUAAGGUUAAAGUGAUUUUGCUAGAAAUAAAACAAUCAAAGAACAAAGAGAAUACUUACCAGUAUUUCAUUGUAGAUCUGAAUUAGUUUAAUUAUUACAUGAUAAUAGAGUUUCUAUUAUUGUAGGAGAAACUGGAUCAGGUAAGACUACUUAAUUGACAUAAUAUUUAUAUGAAGAAGGUUAUACUAAUACUGGUGUAAUUGGAUGUACUUAACCAAGAAGAGUUGCAGCAGUAUCAGUAGCAAAAAGAGUAGCUGAAGAAAUGGGAGUAGAAUUAGGUAGUAAAGUAGGUUAUGCCAUUCGUUUUGAAGAUUAUACUAGUAAAGAUACAGUCAUUAAAUAUAUGACAGAUGGUGUUUUAUUAAGAGAAUCUCUUUAAGAUCCUGAUCUUGAAAAAUAUUCUGCUAUCAUUAUGGAUGAAGCACAUGAAAGAUCUUUAAAUACAGAUGUUUUAUUUGGUAUUCUUAAAAAAGUAGCAUAAAGAAGAAGAGACAUCAGAAUUAUUAUUACAUCUGCAACUAUGAAUGCUAAAAAAUUCAGUGAUUUUUUUGGUGGAGUACCUAUCUAUAAAAUACCAGGUAGAACUUUUCCAGUUGAUGUCAGAUUUGAAAAAGCACCUGCCUAAGAUUAUGUUAGAAGUGCAAUUAAGAAAACUAUUGAAGUUCAUAUUCAAUAACCUCCUGGAGAUGUUUUAAUAUUUAUGACAGGAUAAGAAGAUAUUGAAACUACUUGUUAUUUAUUAGCUGAAGAACUCAAUAAAUUAAGUGAAGCAACUCCUCCACUUUUAAUUUUACCAAUUUAUUCUUAAUUAAGAUCAGAAGAAUAAGCAAGGAUCUUUGAAAAAAGUGAAUUUAGAAAAUGUAUAGUGGCAACAAAUAUAGCAGAAACAUCUCUAACUUUAGAUGGUGUAAAAUAUGUGAUAGAUACUGGAUAUUGUAAAAUGAAAGUGUAUAAUCCUAGAAUUGGUAUGGAUGCAUUNGACAUAAGUAUAAAUUGUCAAAGAUCCUAAUUCAGAUAUGGCUAAGUUAGCAAAGUAAGGUUCAGAAGUUUUAAUGUUAAUGAGAGAGAAAUAAGAUAAAACUAAAAUGAGAGAGAGAUUUUGGGAAUUAAGUGGAUCCAAAAUGGGAAAGGUUAUGAAUCUAGAUAGAAAAAAAGAAUAAGAUCCAGAUAGACAUUUAUUAAAUGAAGAUGGAGAUUAUGAUUUUAAAGCUUCUUCUAGAUAUUAAACAGCUCUUUAAAGAGUUACUUAAGGUUAAAGUGAUUUUGCUAGAAAUAAAACAAUCAAAGAACAAAGAGAAUACUUACCAGUAUUUCAUUGUAGAUCUGAAUUAGUUUAAUUAUUACAUGAUAAUAGAGUUUCUAUUAUUGUAGGAGAAACUGGAUCAGGUAAGACUACUUAAUUGACAUAAUAUUUAUAUGAAGAAGGUUAUACUAAUACUGGUGUAAUUGGAUGUACUUAACCAAGAAGAGUUGCAGCAGUAUCAGUAGCAAAAAGAGUAGCUGAAGAAAUGGGAGUAGAAUUAGGUAGUAAAGUAGGUUAUGCCAUUCGUUUUGAAGAUUAUACUAGUAAAGAUACAGUCAUUAAAUAUAUGACAGAUGGUGUUUUAUUAAGAGAAUCUCUUUAAGAUCCUGAUCUUGAAAAAUAUUCUGCUAUCAUUAUGGAUGAAGCACAUGAAAGAUCUUUAAAUACAGAUGUUUUAUUUGGUAUUCUUAAAAAAGUAGCAUAAAGAAGAAGAGACAUCAGAAUUAUUAUUACAUCUGCAACUAUGAAUGCUAAAAAAUUCAGUGAUUUUUUUGGUGGAGUACCUAUCUAUAAAAUACCAGGUAGAACUUUUCCAGUUGAUGUCAGAUUUGAAAAAGCACCUGCCUAAGAUUAUGUUAGAAGUGCAAUUAAGAAAACUAUUGAAGUUCAUAUUCAAUAACCUCCUGGAGAUGUUUUAAUAUUUAUGACAGGAUAAGAAGAUAUUGAAACUACUUGUUAUUUAUUAGCUGAAGAACUCAAUAAAUUAAGUGAAGCAACUCCUCCACUUUUAAUUUUACCAAUUUAUUCUUAAUUAAGAUCAGAAGAAUAAGCAAGGAUCUUUGAAAAAAGUGAAUUUAGAAAAUGUAUAGUGGCAACAAAUAUAGCAGAAACAUCUCUAACUUUAGAUGGUGUAAAAUAUGUGAUAGAUACUGGAUAUUGUAAAAUGAAAGUGUAUAAUCCAAGAAUUGGUAUGGAUGCAUUAUAAGUUACUCCAAUAUCAUAAGCUAAUGCAGAUUAAAGAAAGGGUAGAGCAGGUCGUACUGGACCUGGUAUUUGUUUUAGAUUGUAUUCUUCAUUAAAUUAUAGAUAAGAUAUGUUAGAAAAUAAUAUUCCUGAAAUAUAAAGAACAAAUUUAGCUAAUGUAGUAUUAUUAUUGAAAUCAUUAAAUAUUAAUAAUCUAUUAGAUUUCGAUUUUAUGGAUCCUCCUCCUUAAGAUACAAUUUUAAAUGCUAUGUAUUAAUUAUGGGUAUUGGGAGCAUUGGAUAAUGUAGGUGAAUUAACAGAACUUGGUAGAAAAAUGAGUGAAUUCCCUUUAGAUCCACCAUUAUCAAAAAUGUUAAUAAAAGGAGAUUAAUUAGGAUGCACUGAAGAAAUACUAACAGUUGUUAGUAUGUUAAGUGUACCAGGAAUAUUUUAUAGACCAAAAGAUAGAGAAGCAGAAAGUGAUGCUGCUAGAGAAAAGUUAUUUGUUGGAGAAAGUGAUCAUUUAACAAUGUUAAAUGUAUUUGAAUAAUGGAAAAGACAUGAAUUUUCACCUGAAUGGUGUAAUGAUCAUUUUGUUUAAGCAAAAAGUAUGAGAAAAGUAAGAGAAGUAAGAGCUUAAUUAAAAGAUAUUGCUGGUAAAUUAGGAUUAAAAAUGAGUACUUGUAAUUUCUCAUAUGAUGUUGUUAGAAAAGCUAUUUGUUCAGCAUAUUUUUAGAAUGCAGCUAAAAUUAAAGGAGUUGGAGAUUAUAUCAAUUUACGUACAGGUAUGCCAUGUAAAUUGCAUCCUUCAAGUGCUUUAUAUUCUUUAGGUUAUGCUCCAGAUUAUGUUGUUUAUCAUGAAUUGGUAAUGACAUCUAAAGAAUAUAUGCAUUGUGUAAGUGCUGUUGAUCCUUAAUGGUUAGCUGAAAUGGGUCCUAUGUUUUUUAGUAUUAAAGAAGAUGGUGAAACUAGAGCAUCUCGUAUUGAAAGUGAAAAAAAAAGUAAAAGAGAAAUAGAAUUAUCUAUUGAAAAAGCUAAAAGAGAACAUGAAAUGAAAAGUGAAGAAUGUUUAAGAAGAAGAGAGAAAGAAGAUAGAGAGAGAAGAUUAAUUAGUGAACGUACAGCUACUUUGGGAUUUAGACCAAGUAGAAUAUAAACACCAUUAAGGUAAUAAAUAUCAUCAAUUGCUGCCACUCCUUUAAGAAGUGAAUGUGAAUCUGUUAUUUCAGGAAUGACAAGUAUAUAAGCUAAAUAAAUGAGAAUGGCAUAUUAUGAUGAUGAAGAAGAAGAAUAAAAUAUUGGUAAAAACAAAAUACCUAAAUUAGAAUGA